ACUUAACAUCUAAAUAUGUUUGCAGAAAUGAACACACAUUCAUCCAACCAAAAUGAGUCACACGCUGGUGGUCCGACAGUGGGACGCAGUGAUUCACCAACAGAGACCAAUGAGAAGGAAGGAGAAAAAGAGACGGAUAAAAAGCAGGAGAGCAGAGUAUCAGGUGAGUCCAGCACAAAUCAAAAGACGGCUGAGACGGAAAAUCUGGAUCAGAACGACACACAGACAGGGACUGAUGUGACACAAAGUGCUGGAGAGACAGAUGGCGAAACACAGUCAGAACGCAGAGAUACAGACCAACAUGUAAAAGAUGAAAAAUUGAUGGAUGAGGAAUCAGCUCCACUGAAGACUAAUGAAGAAAUAAAUACAGGUUCAUGGAGCAAAAACACAUUAGAGGAUGACAGUAAGACAGUGAGACACCUUAAUUCACCAGCAGAGACUCUUGAAAAGGAUGGAGUAAAAGUGAAAGAGAAUAAGUCGAAACAGAAGGACAACAGUAAGAGUUUGGAGCAGAAUGAGCAAAAACUAAGAGAUAAUGAGAAGGAAAGUGAAAAAGUGAUGGAUUUGAAAAUGAAGCAGGAGAACCAAGUAUCAGACACAAACACUGAGAUGUGCAGUCAAGAUAAAUCGACGGUGGGAUCCAUUAAUACAACAACAGGGGCUAAAGAGAAUGAAGCCACAAAAAUGACGGAUGUGGAUAAAACGGAGAGAAAAGGAUCAGCAGAAAUGAACACAGAUUCAUCCAACCGAAAUGAUUCACACGUUGAUGGUCAGACAGUGGGACGCAGUGACAAACAGAAAGAGAAACAGGAAAAGGGAGCAGAAGAUCCUAAAAAGGAGUCAGUGAGGAAGAGAGAAGGAUCAGCAGGUGAGUCCAGCACAAAUCAAAAGACGGCUGAGACGGAAAAUCUGGAUCAGAACGACACACAGACAGGGACUGAUGUGACACAAAGUGCUGGAGAGACAGAUGGCGAAACACAGUCAGAACGCAGAGAUACAGGCUUCACCCUCUCAGCCUUAUGCCCAAUGCUUCAGGGAUAGGCUCAGGAUCACCAGGACCACAUACAGAG